AUGGGUCUUCCGACUACUGCGACGCCUACUCCGGAGGUGUCCGUGGAAGAUCGCAACGCCCUACCGCAAUAUGGCUUCGGCCCGGACGUCGAAUUUGAGAACCUGGUGGAGAGUAACCCGUUCCUCUUCCGCGUCUAUACGCCGAAGGAGCCCUCACCCUUCUACGACCGCACUGAGCCAUACUUCAUCGGGCCGCGCUUUGCCGAGGACUUUGCCUCGUCCAGCUUCAACUCACAGGAUGCCUCGAACUCACCGUACCGCAGUCCUCCUGUGUCCACCUACGCCGAUGCAGUACAGCACCUCGACUGGACGAGCCGAUCGUCAUCUCCGUACGUAUCGACCUCAUUCAGUUUCGCAUGGGCGAUCUGGGAGGCAACAAGACGUUAUCACCAUGGCGUCAAGCAUUCAGUCGAGAUCGCUGUGAUCGAUGCGAGAGCUGUCUGCGGACGAGCAGUCACGGCCGUCGAAUUACUUCGCAAGGCGGAUCCCAAGGACCGCCAUCAGGACCACUGGAAGUGGUACCGAUACGCGCUUGAGGCGCAGGACGUCCUCGUGUGGGGCUACAUCCCGGGAACAGCCGUGCUCGCCUCGAUUCCCCUCUCCCAAGUGCUCACGAAACUACCCUCCUACUUCCUAUGCGCCGACUCCUCCGAUACGAAGGACUCGCCGCUGGGCCGUCUCGGGUGGGACUACAUGACCAAGAAGCCAAGCUACCGGCAGUUCUGCCAGGACAUGUCGGAGCGCUUCCUGCGGCUCCCCGCAGACCGGCGGCUGCGCGACACAACUGCGGGCUCCGUUCGCCUCGCGCUGUGUCACCUACGGCCAUGGUUCCACGAACUCGCCCUGAAGGACUUCACAACCGCGACGGUGACGGUGUGCGAGCUUGCAUUCGUGAUCGCGCGUUGGUCCGGGCAGUGGUGGGCGCGCGAGCACCCCGAGAUCGACAGCCUGGUCCGGUGCAUCGUACACAUCGUCGGCGAGGAAGUGCGUGAGGCGCGCCGCGUGCAGGCACUUGCGGACGCGACGCGCAUGCAGGAGAUUGUCGGCGGCCUCGAGCAGCUCGCACAAACAUACCAAAUGCGCACACGCAUGUGGAAGUGUCCACCCAGCACGCUCCAGACACCGGUGGAGCCGAAGGCGGCUGAGGCCGCGCCUGUCCCUGCCUCCGUUGCUCUCGCCCAAAUCAUCACUCCCAUAGCGACAGCGCCUGUUCUGCAGUCACCUGUCUCGCCCGAGCCGGAUCUCGAGAAAGCGACGCCUUUGACGGAGAAGCCAGCAACGCCGGUUGAGCAGAAGGACUCUCACCUGCACACCAGUAUGUACUCGACGUUGGCUCUAGUCGCGGGCUUCUUCCUCGGCUCCUUCACAACCCUAUGGGCGCUGGCGCCUGACAUGCGAGUGCUUGCUAACAACCUCACCUGA